GCUGAGAGGUGCUAUAAAACGCGCGGCUGUUUGCCCUCCUCACGCGGAAGUGCAGCGGGCGGCGGGCUGGCGCUCACAGGACGGCUGCUUUGUUUGCUCUGUUGGCGCAUGUGAGUGGGGUCAAAGGUGCAUCAUGUGGCCACAGCACAGGGAAGUCAGUCAGGAGCUGGGCACGGGCAGCGCCAUGGACGGGCUCAUCCCAGUGAAGAACGCAUGGUCAGCCAUGAACGAGACGUGCAGCGGGCGUGUGGAAAUGAAUUUGUUCCUGCACUGCUCACUUGUGCCAUCUGUCUUCAUCGUCUUCAUCCUGUCGUUCCUCCAGCGGCGAGUCAAGAGGCACCGCUUUGACGAGCGAAUCCCCGCCCUCAAUGGCCGCUUCGCUAUCAUCGUGCCCCUGGAUUUUAUCGACAGCCUGCGCAAUCGGUGGUCCUACGGGUUUGCCUUUGGAGCCGUGGCCUCCAGCGUCCUGCUCCUCUUCUCUGAAGAAUAUGUGCCAACGCACUUCCCGGCGUGGAGUAAAGCGAUCAUCUCUCUAAUUGGGGCUCUGGAGGUGGGCCUGGCAUACUACCCGCUCUUUGCCUGCCUCUCCACACCCUUCAAAGUGAUAGGAGGAACGCUGGGCAUUCUGUACACCCUUUCUUGGAUCGUUGUCACGAUGUUUAAUAUCAUCAAGUGUCCCAGUGGCACGGUCAUUGGCAAGUACCAGAGUGCAGUUGUCCAUUGGCCAGUUGUGCUGUGCCAGCUGUUCUUGGCAGGUCGCUUUGUGUUUAUGGUGGUCAAAGGCAUUCUCGUGUACUUGAAACUGGACAUGGACGAGCAGGACCACGACCAGCUGCUCCAUGCCCACCACACCCAGUACGUCAUGCGGCUGCUGAAGAAGCCCACCUUACAGCUUGAGCAGAAGAAUUGGCUCCAGAGGACCAUCUACACGUGGGACCCCUGCUUCAAGUUUCCCAACAGAAUGAUUGGCACCUCGGUCAUCUCCUUGAUCUGCAUGUACAUCUUUGUGUUGGCAGAGCACAGCGUCAGUGCCGUGGCAUUCGGCGAACUCGAAGACCUCUGCGUGGCCCUGAGGGAGCUGGCCGCCGAGAACAACAUGAGCGCCAGCAACCUGGAUGGCAUCCUGCCACAGCUGGAGGAGCUGAGCGGUGUGCUGCGAGACUCUUGGCUCAUCUCGUCCAUUUUCGCGUGCCUCAUGUCGGUCGUCUACAUCUUCCACGUCCUGAAAUGCUACCGGGAGCACAUCAGGAGACUGAGGGCUGGUGUGAAGAGCUUUGUGCCACUGGCACUGCGAAACAGCAGAGCUGCGGUCAGUGUGGCGGCCCUGGCAAGAUACUCAGGAUGGCAGAUCGCCUACUUCCUCUGGGGCUACCUCAUUGUCCACUCUGUCCUGUUCCUGCUCGGAGUUGCCUUGGCAUACAUGUUUGUCCUGCCAGUGCGGCACGGCCAAGGGAUGCAGCUGCUCAGCGCCCUGGAGAUAACCCUCAUCUCGGUGGGCCUGGUCAUCGGGCUGCUGAUCUUCCAGAUUGUGCUGGCGCAGCUCUUCUUCUUGCAGGACAAGGUCAAACCGGAAGACAAAAGCAAACCCCUGGCGCUAAACAACAAGAGAGCCUUCCACAACUUCAGCUACUUCUUCUUCUUCUACAACGUAAUCCUGGGCUUCAGUAACUGCGUGCUGCGUCUGCUGUGCAGCUUCGUCGUCGGCACCUUCCUCGUGUCCCGCAUCGAUAGGACCAUCAUGCCGAGAGGAUACGAGUCGGCGGACAUGGGGUUCAACACCUGGGUGGGCAUGCUGCUUGUGGACCAUCACCACAGUCACCCGGUCCUGCUCUGCUUCUGCCACCUCCUUUUGGCUGGACGUCAGGAGAUGCCCACUUGUGCCGAAUCACAAUAUUCACAGGGGGACGCUGGUGAAGCCAGCAGGAGGCGCUCUCGAUGCCGGUGGCUGCUGCUCUACACCCUGCUCAAGAACCCUGGGCUCAUCGUCCACCGCAAGAAGAAGGACAGCCAGCCGGCCAGCAGCCUGAUUCGGGUGGCUCUGUCCAGCGUGCUGCUGUCCCGGCGAUGGGAGGGCUCAGCGACUGAGGAGUGUGCCAACGGGACCGCGUGACGGGACUUACGUGUCGGCUCCUCGGAGCGCCUGGACCUUUGAGCCGAGUCUUCCAGCACGUGGACCUCACAUGAACUCCCUCCAAAUGUUCAAAAGUCAACUGGGGGUGCAGGACACGUAAGGCCUGGUAGUAAAGCCCCUUAGUGGAAGCCACGAAGAAGAGCGGGUAGGGCGAGGGUGAGGGUGAGGGUGGGCAUUCCACUGUUUCCUGCCUUGGCGUUUCUGCUGUUCUUUGCCUGUCCACUCUGUCCAGGUGACUGGUGUUGCCCCCUGCUGGCUGGCUGGCUGACCUGUCACACGGCAUGUUGGUCCUGCUGGCUCGCGUUGGCCUUUCGUCAGUCAGUCACCGUGUCGGGUCUCGUGCCUUUACAUUAAAGCUCAAUUAUGGCGCGA